AUGGACCUUGCCAGCAUGGGCGUGUAUUGCCGAGGUGGAGAAAGCUCGGCCGCCUCCCUGGCAUCCUUCUCCGAGGGGCAGCAAAGCCCGCUGCUGGCUGCCAUCCGCAGGGAGGUGGAGGCCGUGGAAGAUCGGCUGCUGGUGCGGAUUACGCGCCUGGAGCGUCAGAGCUUCGAUGCAACAGCGGUACUGGAAAAAGUGGCACCAAAUGAGCUGAAGCUGCUGGAGGUGGAGUCGCGGCAGCGGGAGUCCGAGCGGACAUUGGCGCAGCUGGAUGGACUCGUGCGCGGCGUCAACGAGGAGCUGCAGUCGAUGGUGAAGCGCACGGCCGCCGCACCCCGGCAAUGGCCAGGCCCCACGCGCAUCAUGAGCAUCAGCUUGGGUGUGUCCUUCAUGCAAUGGCCAGGCCCCACGCGCAUCAUGAGCAUCAGCUUGGGUGUGUCCUUCAUGCAAUGGCCAGGCCCCACGCGCAUCAUGAGCAUCAGCUUGGGUGUGUCCUUCAUGCAAUGGCCAGGCCCCACGCGCAUCAUGAGCAUCAGCUUGGGUGCGUCCUUCAUGCAAUGGCCAGGCCCUACGCGCAUCAUGAGCAUCAGCUUGGGUGUGUCCUUCAUGCAAUGGCCAGGCCCCACGCGCAUCAUGAGCAUCAGCUUGGGUGUGUCCUGCAAUGGCCAGGACGACUCGACAGGCCCCAGAAACGCCAUGACCUUCAACAAGCGCCUCAGGAUCUGCCUGCUCUUCGCGUCAACUCUGGGCCUUGCCCACGCGCACUGCCUCUACGACAACAAGCCCACCCUGGAGAAGUGCGUGCGCAAGUGCCGCCACAGCCCCACAGCUGGCUGUGUCAGCGGGUGCGUUGCUGGAUAUCCGUACUUCGUGCGGCCGUCCUGCGCGGCAUGCCUGGGGAACGGCGUCGUGUGCGCCUUCCGCUCCUGCCGCACCCAGUGCGCGAGCAGCAUCAAUGCUCCGGGUUGCACCACCUGCAUCACCUCCAGUUGCGGAACGUGCUCCGGAGCGUACAAGGCCGGCAACUUUACGGAGAUGGCGGAGCUGGCGGCCUUGUCCAUGGACUUACAGCCCCAGGCUCAAGAGCAGCCUGAGGAGGUACAGCACAAGGCUGAGACGGAGACCGAGACGGCAACCGAGACGGAGACCGAGACGGAGGUGGCACCGGCGUCAUCCAAGUCCAAAGGCUGCUGGGAGGACCAGGCAUCCUUGAAGUACUGCGGCACCAAGUGCUUUGGCGCGCCGAACAAGCGGACUUGCGCCACCAAUUGCCUGAGGAACGAGAGGGGCAUGAGCCAGCAUUGCGCAGCAUGCUUCGGAGACAAGGUUGCCUGCACCAUCAAGAAGUGCCUCGCCGAGUGCAUGGCCGAUGGCAACAGCAACCGCUGCAAGACCUGCGUGCGUGGCAAGUGCGGCCGGUGCGACUCCGCGAAGUCCUCCUCCGAUGCGGAAGAGGACGCCUUUUUGUCGGCAGUGAUUGCGACUGCCCUCCCAGCGGGGGCCGAGCAAGCUGCCAUCUACCCAUAA